AUGAGAAGAUCGUGUAUAUGCGGCGAGAAAACGGGUGCCUUGGGGAUCGCUGGUCUUUGGGCAAUCCAGGACGAUGAGACAACCUUCGGUGGAUGGACCAAUAUCACCUACAAGUUGAUACCGGGAAUCAAUCAUUUCGUUCAUUGGGCAGACCCAGAAAAGGCACUCCAGGUUUUGAUGGAAUUGAUGUGA